CAGUUUGCCAAACUCCACUAAACAAGAUGAAUUUCAAGAUACUUUUGGCUUUGUGCCUCACGACUCUGUUGGUUGUUGAGGUUCCCGGUGCCACGACUCCUGCGUCUUCGUCGACAGACACGUCUUCAAGUUCCAGUUCAACUUCAACCCCAAGUUCAAGUUCUUCUUCGACUCCAAGCUCAAGCUCAAGCUCAACCCCAUCGUCUUCCACAUCCUCUACUCCUUCUUCCACGUCUUCGUCCUCCAACUCUACUUCAACGACUCCUUCCACAUCUUCCACUCCUUCCACAUCCUCCACAGACUCCUCUCCUUCCACAUCCUCCACUCCUUCCUCCUCCUCCUCCACCAGCUCCUCCGACAAGUCCUCUUCGUCCUCUAGUGCCGCCAAGAAGCGCAAGGAGCGUCGUAAGGAACGUAGGGAACGCAAGGCACGUAAGGAGCGUAGGCAGGAGCGUCGCGAAAGACGCCAGGCUCAAAGGAAGGCUCAAAGGAAGGCCAACAACCGAAGGAACCGCCGCGGUUAAGCACUAGAUCCUCUAGA